AUGUAUCUCCAGCAAUGCACUCCGUCCGUUGGAGGCAGCAGAAGGAGCUACAGCUCAUGCUCUGCCAUUGGUGCAGGUGGAGUAGGGGGGGGCAGAGCCAGGCGUAGCUACAGCUCCUAUUCCUCCUCCAGGGUCUUUGGAGGUGGCGGACGCUGUGCAGGGUUUGGCAGCAGGAGUCUGCAUAAUCUAGGCGGAGGUACAAGGAUUUCUUACGGUGGAGGAUUUGGGUGCAGAGGUGGUGGCUUUGGUGGUGGGUUCGGUGGCUAUGGAGGUGGAGCGGGCGGCUUUGGAGGAGGAGUGGGUGGCUUUGGAGGAGGAGUGGGCGGUUUUGGCGGACCUGGCUUCGGACCUGGCUUUGGGCCUGGCUUUGGACCUGGCAGACCUGGAGGCAUCCAGCCCGUUCAAGUUGACCCAAGCCUCCUGCAGCCGGUCAAUGUGGAUAUUGACCCUCAUAUUCAACAAGUGAAAAAUCAAGAGAAGGAGCAGAUCAAGGUCCUCAACAACCAGUUUGCAAGCUUCAUCGACAAGGUCCGGUUCUUGGAACAACAAAAUAAAGUUCUGGUCACCAAGUGGGAACUCUUACAACAGCAAGGUGGAGUAAUUAUUAGGAAGGACAUAGCACCCUUGUAUGAGAAUUUUAUCCAAACCUUAAGGAGGAGACUAGAUGGACUCCAGAAUCAAAGAGGACAAUUGCAGUCAGAACUGGAGAACAUGCAGCAGUAUGUCGAGGAUUACAAGUGCAAGUAUGAAGAAGAAAUCAACAAGCGCACAGCUGCUGAGAACGAGUUUGUGGUGCUCAAGAAGGAUGUGGAUAAUGCCUAUAUAGUUAAAGUAGAGUUGGAAACAAAGGUGAACACUCUGAUUGAUGAAAUCAACUUCUUGAGACGUGUGUUUGAUGAGGAAUUAUCUCAGUUGCAGACGAUCAGUCGUGACUUGUCAGUGGUUGUAUCUAUGGAUAACAACAGACAUCUAGAUUUGGAAGGCAUCAUUCAGGAAGUCCGAAAUCAAUAUGAGGAGAUCGCUCAGAGAAGUAGAACUGAGGCAGAGGCUUGGUACCAGUCUAGAUAUGAAGAGCUGCAGAGCACAGCUGGAAGACACGGGGACAACUUGCGCAACACCAAGAUAGAGAUCCAAGAGCUGACGAGGAAUAUCCAGAGACUGCGGGCUGAAAUUGAAAGUGUGAAGAAGCAGAUCACACAGCUGCAGGCUGCCAUUGCGGAGGCAGAGGAGAAGGGCGAGUUGGCCCUCAGGGAUGCUAGGACAAAACUGGAUCAGCUGGAACGUGCCCUGCAGAAAGACAAGGGGGAUCUGGCUAACUUAUUGAAAGAGUACCAGGAUCUGCUGAAUGUCAAACUUGCCCUGGAUAUCGAGAUCGCCAUGUACAGGAAACUGCUGGAAGGAGAAGAGUCCAGGAUAGCCGGAGGUGGCCAUGUGAAUGUCUCUGUCAUUGGUGGAGGUGGAGGAGUCAUCGGGGGUGGAUUUGGUGGCGGAAGUGGAGGAGGCAUCUGUGGUGGUGGAUUUGGCGGUGGAAGCGGAGGAGUGAUCUGUGGCGGUGGAUUCGGUGGAGGCGGAGGAUUCAGCGGCGGAAGUGGAGUUGUUUGUGGUGGUGGAUACGGCAGCAGAACCAUUGGAGGUGGUGGCUUCUCUUCUGGAAGUGGAAGAGGCUACGUAGGUGGCAGCAGCGGCAUCUGCUCCAGCGGCGGUUCCUCCUCGGUCAUACGGCGAAGCACCACAUCUGUCUCCACCAAAUCCGGUUCGGGAGGGUACUGAGCACUGGAGCCAGGCCCCAGAAAGAAAGAAGCAUCUUUUUAUCUUCAAAUGGCAGCAGCACAGCCCACCUAACCCAACUCUGGUAUCCAGAAAAGAAACGAACUGUAUCUCUUACAGCCCACACCCUCGAAACACCACCUGAUCCUGACCGCAUCUUCCCUGAAAGGAGGGUGGGAGCAACGCGUCAUCCUGGCAGCAACACCUGCAGGGAUUAAACCAAACGUCCGUGUCAGUUGAAAUGCACCCACCAAUUAAAUAUUAUAAGACCCUCUAAAGUAAAGCAUCACUUGAGGAUAUCAGUAAGCAGCGAGCUGAUUUAGAGGAGGGAGACCUCUGCCCCUCUGGGUGUGCUGUAGAUUUUUGGCUGUUGUGGCUGUCAAGGGGUAAUGUGUAUAAAACUCAACUUUCCUCUUCUUUUC